AUGGUCCAGCAAUACACGUAUUCAAGAUCACCCGACCAUCCAUAUGCUCUUGAAAUGCUACCCCUGACCAAGGAAGAACUAGAUAAUCUUCGGAUGGAUGCAAAAAUGGCAUACCAUGCUUUAUUCUCAGCUGUACAAACUGCGGUGCGAUUUGGAAGCAAUACAGAAGUGUUUAAUGUGGCACAUCGUAGCCAUAACAAAUCACUGGCCAUGUGGACGACGUCAGUGUUAUUUGGCACAUUGGAAGAAGUAGCGGCAUUGUAUCUGGACCAGAAUGAACAAGUGCCCAUAGUACUAGAUUCAGCCCAAUCUCGAUUACUCUAUGAGCUUGAGAAACCCUCGAGUGACAAGCCAUUGCAUGGUGCAGCUAUGCGCUGGUCUCUCUGGAAACCACCUUCUAAGCUCUCAGACGGAAGGGACAUGUGUUAUUUGGAAUAUAUGGACUCGUUCAUCGAUCGUGUAACUGGGCGUCGUGUAUGGGCUCGUAGCAUGAGGUCUAUCAACCACUUGUCCUGUCCGUCUUCACAACACCCUCAAGGACCGAUCCGGACGUACAUGCGCGUGUCAGGCAUGAUUUUCCGAGAAACUGACCGUCCCAAUAUCCUAGAGCAUGUGACGUUCGUCCAUGUGGAUGGUAAAGGUACCCCAAAUUGGGUCGUUCAGCAAGCCAUUGCCGCUAACAAGAAGGCAGCGGACAAUCUCAACCAGGUGCUUAAGAUCAUGCGUCAAUUAAAGACUCAACAGGUUCCCGGCUCAUCAACAUUUAUCAGAUCAAAUUUGAGUCAAAGCGACGGAAGCCGAGACUGUAAGGCCUGUGCAGAGCAUAUCUCCAAGUGGACAAUCGCUAAGCGUUGCCGUUUCUGCUAUGCCAUUUUGUGUAAGAAGUGCGUGGAGAUCUGCUACCAUCGUGCCGAUACAAGCGGGAAAAACUACCGGUUGUGUUUGACCUGCGCUGUCUCCACGGAUUCCGCGAACCGCACCUCAAGUGAAUUGAGCUACAAUGUCCCCGAAAGAUCACAUACUCGUCCACAGAAUGCACAGAAUGCUGUCGUUAUCGAUAAACGAGAAAGGAAGCAAACUAGUCUAUUGACCAACGUCAUGCAGUCCAGCGUGUGUCCUGGAAACGGACACCCGUCGAUUUCUGUGACCAGUUUUGCUGGCAGAGGUUCUCGCGAUCCCACCGAGCAAGUCGAACACAUACAGAUCUAUAACCCUCGCACAUACAGUAGCUCGGUCAGUAGCACGAACUCAAAUGGAGCUGAGUCGAAGCAACGAUUGCAUAAUGCACGUGGCUCUCGCGCACUAACCUUAGACCUAGAGCCACGACGCCCAGAACCUAUUGACCUGUCAUAUCUGUCGGAUCUGGUUACACCUCGUGCAGGAGCUACUCGAGGCGUCGAUAUUUAA